AUAUACUUAAUAGCAAGAAUGUAAUCCAGAACUGCAUGUUAGUUUUAAUUUUAAAUUGUGUGCAUGCUAUCACAUUCAUUGUAAGAGGUUUUGGAUAUUUAGUGUCCACUCACAGGUACCACAUUACAAUGUCAAUGGCAAAUGCAAAACCAGUCUCUGACUGGAUUUGCAACAGAUAGUUUGGACAUCAAACCUUGUAGCCUGAAAAAUGCUGGUGGUAACGUUGUGCUGUUUUAUUCUAUUAUGUGAAAUUAACAAAUCUACACAGAUAUCAAAUCAAGAGUUUGUAACCCUCACAUAUAAACAGAAACUUAGGUUCGAUGAGUUUCGUGAACGGGUUAUAUCAAAAUUACCACAUGAUUACAUGCGGCAGGACAUCUAUUUAAUUCGCUGGCUGAGAGAUAGUUUCUUCGAUGUCAACGUAGCAGAGAAGCGAGUUCUUGAUAACCUGAUUUGGCGUGAUGAAAACAAGAUGGACACAAUUUUAGAUGAGGAUUGGAGUGAUAUGGAAGAGGAAUACAAAUACAAUGUUGAAGGUUGCGAUCGAUCUGGAAACCCAGUUAUCACUGCGGAAGUAGGAGAUUGGGAUUUAAGACGUGUCGUCCUGGCUGGAAAAUCGGAAAGAAUUCGUCGCUAUUUUGAUCGUCUGUUUGAAGAGUCGGCACUACUCUUAAGAAAAAUGGGUGGCAAUGCUACACAAUUUAUUACUGUCAUGGACAUGGGAAAUUUUAACAUAAUUUCGCAAGGAUGUCCGAGAUGCUUACCACUUCUGAUGAGCAUGCUGUCCACUUAUCAGCAACACUACCCAGGUUGUGCUCACAAAGUGAUGGCAAUUAACACUCCUCAGUACGCGCUGCCUUUGUGGGAGAUUUUCAAAAACCUGCUUGAUCAAAAUACAAGAGCUGUGUUUAACUUUUAUGGGAGAAAUUCUAAUGAAUGGAGAAACUCGUUAUUGGAAGAUAUUGAUCCUUCCCAGCUUACUAAACGAUAUGGAGGUAGCCGCACAACACCGUCGGUUGAUAUGGAUGAUCUUCGCCAGAAUGGCUUGCAAUUCAACUGCUUUCCCCCAAAUCAAAAUAAUAAUUCUACCGAUUCUAACGGUGUUUAGUGGAGCUUUUAGGCGUUGCUCACCCCCAAGUACCUUCUUUGACGCCAAACAGUUACGACAUACUUUCAUGCACAAACCGAACAUUUUAUUACAUAAGUAUUUUAGGGUUUAAACUUCAUAUAUGUAAAGAAGGCGUUUGCAUGUCCAGUAAAUCUCAACUUAGUCAAUAAAUAACUUGUAAAUAAAUAAAAACCACUCACACAAUUAACA